CCUGCCCCCGUAUUUUGUGGAACUCUAUUUAAACUUCAGAGCCUCUCCGUUUUUAAGGGCACGGCAUUGAUUCGGCCCAAGCCGAGCACCGUCCGCACCGGUCGCCUAGCACCGGGGGAUCACCGCGUCUGACACCGCCCAGGCUGCUCACUAGUUGCCCGGUCGGCCGUCGUAUCGCACGCAGUGUGGAUGCCUCUGACGAUCAAGAGACAGCGAAACAUUAAAAAAGCUAAAUCAUCCUUCACCUCGUGAUUAUUAUGAAAUCGGCUUCAUGCAAAUGAGGCAACUACGUUUGAACUCUGACCCCACCACGCCAUGAUCCAGGACAGUGUCCAGACGGCAAACGUUGGGGGCGCUAUGGUGAAGGCCAUCAACCGCAAACCCCGGGCUUUCCAGACCCCCGGCGAGAAGUCCUACAGCCUCGACGCCCACGAGACCCGCCUGAGGGAACGCCUACUGCUCGUCAACCGCUUCGAGGACGCCCGGCUGGAGCGCCUCCAGCGGCAGAUCGCGUCCAACGAGCGCGCCAACAUCGGCCGGAUUCUGCGCAGGAAGGACCACAUGCGCGUCACGCUCAUCAACAUCGCCAGCAACAAGCGCAAGAUCCGGUCCAACGUCGGCGACUUCGAGCGCCGGCUGAAGAACGGCACCAACUCGCCCGUGUUCGCGCUGGAGCUAGAACGCAUCCGGCGGAAGGAGCAGGAACUCUCGGGGCUCUCCCGGCGGCUGCAGGCGCCCAACUCGCAGCUCCUUGCGGCGCAUGUGCACGACGAGCUGCGCAGCAUCGAGUCGAGACUCGAUACCAAUCCCAGUCGGCUCGUUACCUCGCAGGCGCCCUCUGUUGCCGAAACUCAUACUCCUGGUCAACCACACAAGAAACAUGAUCCUGUAACUGAAACCAGCCACCAGCCAAGCGAACAAACCGACACCAUGCCGAUUAACGACAUGGAUGACCGCCUGAACGAAGUGCACGCUAAAAUGAGCCAAGCGAAUAUAUCCAAGCCAAACAAUUCAGAUUUGCUACAUGGCAAUCAGGAUCGUAACUUUCCCGUCACAUUGCCUGCAGAUUUGGAACAACCGAAAACACAUCCAACAGAAUCCCACAAUCGCAUUAACCCAGUGUCGAAUUCGGAAACACCAGUGCAGCUCAAAGACGUACCGGAAAACACCGUCGUCGCGGUGGAAAUGCCCGUUCGCGAACUGCCGCCGCUUAGAGCCACCACCAAGAGCAAGAAGCAGAGAUACCUGGCACUCAUGCAGCAGAAACUCAGCAGGACCGCCAAUCACCGAGGAGGGGAGCCGGAGAUCAGCAACAGCGCCCUCCAGAGGGAGAGGCACGCCAAGAAGAGGGUUGCCGAGCUGAAGGUCAAGACACGGGAGGACAUUCAGGGCAGACGGACUGCGGACUCGGACGACUCCCUAGGGAGCAUCAAGCAGCAGGAAGCGGUUACCAGGCUGCAGGCUACCAGGAAGGGCUCAAUCCUGCCCAGCGUCGGGGAAGAACCCGAGAGGAGUCGAGCGAGAGCCCGCGAGAACGCACGCGCUCUCGCGAGAAAACGACGGCAGCAGAGACUGGCCACCGACUCGGCAGCUACGGGCAGCGUCUCGCUGCCCCCGCUGCGUAUUGAUUUGGACGUCCUGAAGGAAUUGAAGGAAUCUCGACUGAGACACCGGAACCAGUCUCACAAACUGCCCAAGUUGCCUUGAAAUACAGCCGGUCUCAUGUGCGAUUAUAAACAAAAAGACCUCCGAUUUUUAAGACUUCUUAAUAGUGUAAAAUCUGUCGCUAUUUCUGUAGCUGACGUUAUUACGAAUGUUUGAAAACUGUGACAUCGUGUCAGUGCCGAAUGGAAUGCAAGUACAGUUUUCUCUAAUGUUAGCAAAAGCAAAGAUGAGACACUCAGGCAUGAAUAAGCCCGAGAAAACCCAUGUAAAUUUGUCUUAACAAUAUGAAAAGCCACAUAUCGAUAUCACGGAAACACUGUAAUAGUCAACGUACAUUUUGUAGACAGCUGUAACUCUGAACUUUAAAAGAGGUUGACUGGGUUUGGACUGGCAAGCCAUUUUGUUACACUGCCCUCCCGUGUCAAAAAAAUGGUGUUCAUUUUUUUAAACGUUCAAUGACCAGGUUUAAUCUGACUAUGCAGAAGUUGAGGACAUGAA